GACAACGCCUCGCUCUGGUACUAACACGAAGACGGUUAUGGUAUGCUUUCAACUUACGUAAACUGGAUCCGAAGCGGACAAGGUUGGAAAAGUCACCCGCUUACGAGGUUAUGGCCAAGUUUACAACAGCGCGCCAGUCGUUUCUUCUUUUCGCAAUUUAGCGUCAAUUCGAGAUACAAGUGCAGCCAGGUUCUUCUCCAGCUGAUCUCUCCAAUGGAGUGGAGGCCUUCCUCUUCCUCUUCUUUCUCCGGCGGGUACCGCGUCUUUCAAACAUGGAGCGGAGUUGCAACUACAGCAGAAGAUUUCCUUACCGCCACGUUAGGAAAUGAGGUCCAACGACAGAGCGGAAAGUCGAUAUUAAUCUGUCAAUAGUCUGUAAAUUCUCAUAUUUAAAGGAACCAUUUUGGACUAGGACAAAGGUAAAUGCCACAUCGCUGUCUGAAUUAAAUAAGUAGUUAAACGCUGAUAAGAUGGAGACACUUAUCAGCUUCAAUCGCAUUUGUGAGCAUUCAGUAAAUAUUUAUUUUCGCAAACUAAUUGCCCGCGGUCACGAAAAAAUCUCAACGUAGCAAAAUUUAUGACGUGCAAAAUUACAACGAAAACGUUUAAGAGCACUUAGAGACAAUGUGUAAAGCUCAGUUGUUUAUUCCAAGCGUAAACACAUAGCUGAGAGUACUGUUGUAACUCAUAUCGAAGUCCAAAGUUAGCACGAAAUGUCCACAAUACAUCAGCUACUGCUCGCUAUACUGCUGACGGCGUCACUUUACCACACCACGACAGCGCAAAGCUGGGAUCGCGCGUUCAUCAAAGACUUCAUUUUACCAAUGAUGCCAUUCGUACAGCCACAGGAAAUCGCUUGGUUUAUUAGCGAACAAUUGAGCAAGGCCAUAACCGUUGAUAUAGAGGAAUUUGUAGUGGAGUUCGACGGCGAACUCAAGCUGACGCAGACGGUGUUGACGCACCGCAACGACAAGCCGUUUAUCGCAACGGAAAUGAAGAAAACUAUAUUGUCUAUAGUUUUUACGAGCGGUCCCGACGAUAGCAUCAUGGACGCACACGAUUACGCGCUAGGCAGUCGUCACAACACUUUCAGUUUUGUCAUUAUGCUGAAUAGCAUAACGGAUUUCGGCGUUGUAGUGCAAUUUUUGCGAGAUCUUCGUCGUCGUAAAUUUCAAAACCCCAUGUUGUAUUAUGUCAGCGUUGAUGGACGUAAUCAAAUUUACGGUUAUACUGUAUUUCCGCGUUUUGAGAUUGUGGAUCGUGCCAAUUAUCUUGACGAAUUAUCAGGCGAUUAUAAGCGCUUCUUAGCAGGCGGUUUGGAUACUAUGGGUUAUCAAAUAUGUACGCCACUGCGACAGGACUUGCCAGGCGUAUUUCAUUCGCCAGAUGCGUCUGACAAAGUAUCUAAUUGGCAGGGUAGCUCCUUCAGUUUGCUCAGACUUUUUACGGACUAUAUUAAUGCCACGUUGGUGAGUUAUGAAAUGCCGAAAGAUCGUUUGGGUGGCAAUGUCGUCGACAUAAAGGCCGCCAUGGAUUUGUUACGUCACGAUGAGAUCACUUUUCUAGCGCAUGCUUACGCCUUAUUCUAUGAAGACGAUAUCAUUAGCUUGAGUUAUCCCAUUGGAGUGGUGCGUUGGUGUCUCAUGGUGCCAAUAUGGAAUAGUGUUACUACCAUAUUGUAUCCUUUGGAACCAUUCGAUGAGCUUACUUGGUUGUGUAUUGUGGUAGUUUUCGGUGCCUUGCUGUUGGUGCAAACCUUAUAUUGCCUCCUGCAGGGUACACAUGAGUUAGCGACGCGUUUAAGUGAUAGCAUUUUGCGUAGUUUCUGCUUGAGUACGGGCAUAAGCGCGCCCAGCUUGGUGGCAGCACCGAAGGCUUUGGAUUUUUUCAUAUUUACCACAUUUUUCUUUUACGGUUUCUUUCUCACCGCCAACUACACUUCAUUGUUGGGCAGCAUACUGACGGUCACUUCGUUCCGCGCGCAAUUCAACACCAUGGAUGAUCUCAUAGCCUAUAAUCUUUCUGUGCUAAUUAUCGAUUAUGAAUUAGAGUUUCUGCACUCAGGUGGUCUGGCGCUGCCCGCGAACUUCACACGUCUCAUCCAACCGGUGGAUGUGGCAACAUUUAUAAAAUAUCAGUACAGCUUCAACACGAACUACGCGUACUUUGUGACCGAGGAGAAGUGGCACUUUCUCGAUUUGCAGCAACAGUAUCUGAAGCCGGGCUUCUUCAAGUUCAGCAAAAUUUGCUUCGGUACAUUCUUUCUUGCCUUUCCCAUGCAACGUGAUUCGCUCUUCUAUCGCAGUUUGGAGUACUAUACGUUUCGCAUGCAUUCUUCAGGCUUGAUGGAUCACUACGAGCGCACUGCCUUCGAUUAUGCGGUACAUGCAGGUCUCGUGAAGCGUUUGGCUCAAAACGCGGAGUACACCUCGGCUGGCAUGCAACAUUUGAUCGUCGUAUUUCUCAUGCUCCUGACUAUGUAUGCUGUGAGUUUGCUGGUGUUUUUGCUUGAGCGUUUAGGGCAUAGAGUCAUUGUGGGCACAAUUCCACCAAAAAGCGCUCUACUCUCACGUUUGAGUACCGCAGAGUGUAUUAAAAAAUAGUCAUUAGCCAAUGAGCGUACAGCAUUGCUCUUCUUAAGGCUCUUGUUGUUUUAUUUGUUGAAUU